AUGGAUGACCUUUAUGAUGAGUUUGGUAACUACAUCGGCGAUGCGGAAUCAGAGGAGGAGCAGGAAGAUGUGCAGCCUCAAGCCUUCAAGUUUGAUGAGGCUUUUGAUGAUGAGGAAGAGGAAGUCAAUGAUCAACAAUUGAUGGAAAUCGAUGAAGGACCUUCCAAUGCGGUCAUUUUGCAUGAAGACAAGCAAUAUUACCCCAGCGCACAGCAAGUCUAUGGAGAGGAUGUGGAAACUAUGGUCCAGGAGGAAGAUGCUCAGCCAUUAUCAGAGCCGAUCAUCGCCCCGGUUCAGCAGAAGAAGUUUGCGAUCUCAGAGUCUGACCUUCCACCCGUACAUUUCUCUCGGGGAUUCAUGUCGGAUCUCUUGAACUUCCCAGCACAAAUAAGAAAUAUCGCAAUCGUUGGUCAUCUACACCAUGGAAAAUCUGCCUUCAUGGAUAUGCUGGUCAAACAGACGCACGACCUGACAGAGCGGUUGGACAAGCGCAUAGGGCGGAAGAGAGAAGAACAGCUUCGAUACACUGAUAUACAUUUCUUGGAAAGAGAACGUGGUCUCUCAAUCAAGACAGCACCGAUGAGUCUCGUUCUCCAGGGGACGAAAGGAAAAUCUCACUUGAUCAAUAUCCUUGAUACCCCUGGACAUGUGAACUUUGUCGAUGAAGUGGCUGCCUCCAUCCGCCUAGCUGAUGGCGUGGUACUAGUCGUCGACGUUGUUGAGGGUGUUCAGGCAAACACUGAGCAAAUCAUCAAGCAUGCAGUAUUGGAAGACCUCCCCUUGACUUUGGUCGUCAAUAAGAUGGAUCGACUCAUACUCGAGCUGAAACUUCCCCCGAAUGACGCCUAUUUCAAAUUAAAGCAUGUGAUUGAAGAGGUCAACACAAUCAUCGAGAACAUUUUGCCAGGACAAGGCGAACGACGACGAUUGAGUCCCGAGAAGGGCAAUGUUGCCUUCGCAUCAAGCUCCAUGAAUUGGUGCUUUACAUUGCAGUCAUUUUCCCGGAUGUACGCAGACACUUACCCGAGCUUGGAUUCAACAGAAUUUGCUGCGCGGCUUUGGGGAGACAUCUUCUACAAUCCUAAGAGCCGAAAGUUCACUCGCAAGGGAGUAGAGGAGAACGCGAAACGGUCAUUUGUUAAGUUUAUCUUGGAGCCGAUCUACAAGCUGUACUCCCACACCCUAAGCGAGAGCCCCGAGGAUCUAAACGAGACUCUGGCCAGCGUCGGCGUCACUCUGAAGCCUACUCAACUCAAGACCGAUGCCAAGGAACUACUCAAUCUUGUUUGCGAGCAAUUCUUUGGCCCUGCGAGUGGGUUUGUGGACAUGGUUGUUCAACAUGUUCCCUCCCCGGUGGAAGGUGCCCAGAGGGCAUUAGAGCGAUACUACACCGGCCCCGUGGAUACCAAGGUUGGGGCCUCAAUGGUCGCAUGUGAUCAAGACGGCCCUCUCGUCAUUCAUGUUACCAAACUCUUCAGCAGCACCGAUGCUGGAAGCUUCUAUUCUUUCGGUAGGAUUAUGAGUGGCACAGCACGACCCGGUCAGCAGGUUCGUGUUUUGGGUGAAGGCUACACGCCAGAAGAUGAGGAAGACAUGGUCAUCGCGACCAUAUCCGACACGUGGAUUGCGGAAACGCGUUACAACGUGCCGACUGAUGGCGUCCCUGCCGGAAACUGGGUUCUUUUGGGUGGCGUAGACAAUUCCAUUGUCAAAACCGCGACGCUAGUGCCAUUGAAGCUCGAAGAUGAUGAGGAGGCAUAUGUCUUCCGCCCGAUUCGGCACAUGACCGAGUCAGUGUUCAAGGUUGCUGUUGAGCCCGUCAAUCCCUCGGAGCUUCCUAAGAUGUUGGAUGGAUUGCGAAAAAUCAACAAAAGUUACCCACUCAUCUCAACCAAGGUCGAAGAGUCUGGCGAGCAUGUGGUUUUGGGAACCGGCGAGCUUUACAUGGACUGUGUGCUCCACGACCUACGGAGACUGUAUUCGGAGAUGGAGAUCAAGGUCUCCGACCCCGUCACACGCUUCUGUGAGACCGUCGUGGAGACUUCAGCCAUCAUGUGUUACUCCAUCACCCCGAACAAGAAGAAUAAGAUCACCAUGAUUGCGGAGCCUUUAGAUGAUGGGAUUGCAGAGGACAUCGAAAGCGGCAAAGUCAGUAUCAAGGACCCUAUUCGGAAGGUUGCCCGAUACUUUGAGGACAAUUAUGAUUGGGACAAGCUUGCAGCCCGAAGCAUCUGGGCGUUUGGGCCUGAUGAAAUGGGUCCCAAUAUACUCCAGGAUGAUACCUUGCCCUCCCAAGUGGACAAGAAGCUUCUCGGCACCGUGAGAGAUUCCAUCACUCAAGGCUUCAGCUGGGGUACACGGGAAGGCCCUCUUUGUGAAGAACCGAUCCGGAACACAAAGUUCAGACUCACGGAUGUGUCCCUGGCCGAUCAAGCUAUCUACCGCGGUGGAGGCCAAAUCAUUCCUACGGCCCGUCGUGCAGUAUACUCAUCCUUCCUCAUGGCAUCCCCGCGUCUCAUGGAGCCAAUCUAUUCUUGCACAAUGACUGGGCCUGCAGAUGCCGUGGCAUCGGUUUACACGGUCUUGUCGCGCCGAAGAGGACAUGUCCUGUCAGAUGGGCCUAUCGCAGGAACCCCUCUUUACUCAGUGCGCGGUUUGAUCCCAGUGAUUGACUCAUUCGGUUUUGAGACCGAUCUUCGAAUUCACACGCAAGGUCAAGCUAUGGUCAAUCUUGUGUUUGAUAAGUGGAGUGUGGUCCCUGGUGAUCCAUUGGACCGUGAUGUCAAACUCAAACCUUUGGAGAUGGCGCCUGCCAUGGCCACUGCUCGCGACUUUGUCUUGAAGACACGAAGACGUAAGGGUCUGGCCGAGGAUGUCACUGUUAGCAAGUUCUUGGAGCCUGAGCUUUGGAAGGGAUUGAAAGAAAGUGGUGUUCUCGACUCAUGA